AUGACUAUAGAGCCCCGCGUUGCCGCUCGUCAGGCUAACAAGCCACCUCCCCUUUACGUUUGUCUUGACUGCGCUGACGCACUCAACCGUCGAGAGUUUGACCAACUUAUGGAUGUACUACUGCCAACUAAACAGAUACCCCAUUUUUGUGUAGUUAAGGUGUUUCAAUGUGCCGCCAAACAAUAUGUCUCUAAUAGAAAGAUUAAGAUCUUCGAGAUGCUUCUUAUAAGCCUUAUCUGUGAAUCUAAGACCUGCCGAAGUAAGUCGAAUACGGCUGUGGUCUCCUGUUGGUCCUCAGAGUGUGCCUUCCUCAACGGCGGCCGGCCAAUCCGCUUCUGUCAAGCUUGUCAUUCUCUGCGGCACACCAACGCCAGCGACGGCAAUCGAGGUGCUAGCAUUGGCCCCGGUAUCGGUGGUAGCGACAAUGAUCUUGUCCCUGCUGCUUUGGGCAAGCCACUUAUUAGUACCAAUAGGAAGUCUUGGUGUGGUCCAGUUGCUUCUACCGACAAUGCUGAGGAUGUCGCCAACGUACUUGGCGAGGUUGACCCUAGAAGGCGUAUGGCCAACUUAAACAUAACCAACUCUGGCUUUGGUGGAGCAAGAGAGGAGGUCGAAGAUGAAAUGGAUGAAGAAGACUGUGACAAAGAGGAAGAAGAUCUAGAACAUUUGCAGGCGGAGGAACGAGGAAAUGAGCAAGAAGAGCAUGAAGGUAGCGAUAAGAACGACGAGAAAGACGAUGUAGAGAGAUUAAGGUCCACGAGGCAACAUGCAACAGUAGGUGAAUUGCAGAGCGAUGGUCUUAGAAAUGAAGGUCCCACGUUGCUCAUUGAUUUCCAGACAGAAGCUAACUCUGGUAAUGCCGUCCGUCUGCAGGAUCAUGUCUUUCAGAAUCCCGUCCCACCAGUGUGGGAUUGUGGUAUUGACUUGCAGCCCUGUUUUGUAGAGGCAGUAGUAUCUCUAACUCGAGAGACAAAUCCUCGCUGGCGGCAGGUUCUUCUGCUUGGUGGAGAAGACGGGACUGGCUUAGCUGGUUGUGGUUGGGCCAGCAUUCCUUCUGGCCGUUCGACGGGACCUUCAACCAGCGGAAUAUCAGGUCCAGGUGGGCCCAUGACAUCCGGGAACACUGGAACUACAGGAGGGCCAACUCAGUCUGCCGGCGACCUUGGUCUCUUAGGAUUCACUGGAGGUGCUAGUGGCAAUAGCGGUCCUGCCAUCUCUCUAGUGCCUGGAUCGUCCACUAUGGUCACGGUUGGUGCCGGUGGUAUGGGGAAUCUCUCAGCAUUGGGACCUGUAAUGUGUGGGCUUGGCGCUCCAGUUUCGGCUAGUUCGAACGUUCCGCCCAUGCGAGUAGCUGUGAUGCCAAUUGGCGGGGCUUCUGAUGGAGGCCUUUCCGGACCUGGCCUUGGCUCUGGUUUGCCAAGCACCGGGGGAGCUAUGGGUCUGCCUACUGGAUCACUUUUGGAUACUGGACUUCAAGGCUCUAGUGGACCCGGAACUUUCGGUCUUGCUCGCGUUGGUAUAGGUGGGGCCAGCGGAGGCGGCUCUGUAGGUGCUAUUUCCGGGCCAGGGGGUGGUGCAUUAGCUGAGGCUAGUGGAGAGCUACGCCUGAUGGCCCGAUACACAGACGAUGAUCACAAAGUACUUGCCAUUUAUGGUGCCCUUCUGGUAGGAGAGAAGUGCCGACCUAGAGAACGAGUGAACAUUGUACGUUUAUCUUCCUUCUAUUGCAUUGCUUAUUGUGAACUUUAUUCUUGUCUUUGA